AUGAGUACUACUAGUACAAGCAAUGCUCCCUCCCGUGGUGCUGGGUUGACGUUUCAGGAUGUCCUUGCUGCCACCUUGAGAGACCCGGUCGCCGAAGAACACCGACCAAUAAUCUCCCGUGGAGAGACGGGAACUGAGGCAAUCGUCGAGCCGCCAGGUGGUCGGGCACCGGAAAAGAUGCGGUUGUCUCUGAUCAAGUCUGAAGAUCCCGAACGAGCCUAUCAUUUGACUCCAGACGCACCCAAGAAACUAGACCACCACGCCGAGGGAUGGGGAAUGGUGUAUACUGCCGUCACGUUUCUUCGUCGGAAACGUCAAGGAGAAACUGGUCUCCGAUUCAAGGCUCCUGAAAUAAUGGAAGCUCAAUUGGUCGCCAUUAAAAUGUUGAACAAACAAGUCGUCAACAGCUGCCUUGAGAGAGGUGCCAAUGAAAACCCGUACAAAGAGAUUGCAAGAAUGCAAGAACUAGGGGAUGGGAUUCACGUUUUACAAUGCAUCGAAGCUCUGGAGGAUGAUACACACCUCUACAUCAUUACACCCUAUUCAAGUAAGGGAUCGCUGAUGGAUAACAUCCCAUGGACCCAAUGUGAUGGAAAUGGGUACCCGGAACCGACAGCCAGGGCCAUCUUUAUCAACAUUCUCGAGAUUCUUGUCUACCUUGAAAAGCACGGCAUUUAUCACCAUGAUCUUGCUCCCGAUAAUUUCUUAUUCUUCAAGGGGCGUCUGCUUCUCUUUGACUUUGCCAUGUCUCAGCGCAUCCCACGAGAAGAAGACGGAACACGGUACUUGAUGAGACCGCAAGGAGUCUUUGGGACCAUGGCUUGCACGGCACCAGAGCUGUUUGACCCCAAUGCUCUCUAUUUUGAUGGCAUUGCGGGCGAUUUGUGGGGAGCCGGGACCAUUCUCUACGCACUCCUCACCGGCAGGAUGCUGUACAGAAAUCCGUGUGACCGCUACUUCCAAUUCUUUGUGCGGGCGGGUGGAUUGCGAGCCGAGCUGAGUGCCCAGAUACUGCAAACGGAACAUGAAGAUCUCAAGAGUCGUGCCAAUGCCAAUUGUAGCAUGCCACCACAAGCUUUGGAAUUGUUGGUGGGUCUGUUGGAGUACAAGCCAACGCGCCGGUGGACAUUGAUGCAGGCAAUCGAGUCGGACUGGGUGAAGGGAACUACCGGUAGCAGCCAACAACGAGAACAGCAAGAGUCAUCUGAGGGGUCCAAGCGACCCAGAGUGGCUGGUUAG